UUGACUAUGCCCAGCCUUGAGAGCGGAGAUCAUCAUUUUUGGUCCCGAGCCAGGCAGUUCGAGCUGGCAGAACAAAUUGCGAACGCAAAUGCAAUUCACAAAUUGGUGAGAGACAGUGAGUUCUACUUCCUCUCUGCUAUCUACUCUCCUUUUUCUUUGAAAAUGUAUUCUGGAAGCUUGCCAUUGGAGACCUAUAACCUCUACAGAGCUCUGGAAUUUCAUAUCAUGCAAACCAUACUUGAAUCGUUUUCAAUCCUGAGAGAAAAUUGUGAUGGCUACGAUGCACACCUUCUUCUUCAGCUGGAGGCUCAACUUAUUGGGGAAGCAAAGCUUACAUUGGAAACAGAGUUAAUUGCUAAGCUUAAUGAGGAAGAUCUACCUGAAGCAGUUUCUAUAUUCACGGAAGAACUUUUAAUGCAAGCUGAGUUGUCUGUAGUAGGAUCUUCUGACGAUCAAACUAUUGCCUACACCAUUGCUACUGUGGCAGCUUGGUUGAGACUUUACCACGUUAUAGGUCAGCAUUUUAUGAAUUGGAUCCGAGGCAAGAUUGAAGGAAAUCACCUAUACCAAGACUGGUUUGACCGAGGUCUUCUAGUGGAGCUGGAACCAAACUAUCAAAACUUGGUGAAAAGCUUAACUCCUAUUGUGUCGGUGGUGCGCUUUGACAAUGUAAAAGUGGGAGAAGUUUUUGAUAGCCUUUCACAAUUAAGAGAAAUUUUAUAUCGAAAUGUUGAAGAGUCCCAGAAGUUGGUUGGUAUUGACCGAAGGCGUAUGCAUAAGACUUCUCGUGAAAAUGUUUCGGUUAGCCCAGACUUUAUUUCACUGAUUAAUAAACUUCACAACAAGGAGGACUUCAAUGGAUUUGUUCAUGUCUACUCGCUGGAUUUUUCCUCAGACUUCAUCUCUAAUAUUUUUGAAACAGAGAUGAGCAGGGGACUGUUGCAUUGCUCUGCAAACCAGAUAUUUUGGCAUAAUGAGGAGGGCAUAUCAACAGGUCAAGUGUCUAGAGUUUUGAAGUAUCCAGGUCACUUGGCGUUAUUACCGACGAUACUAUUACCUGAGUGCAUCACAAUUUGUGUAGGAUGUGUUGUAGAUGACCUACCUUGCCUCCUCAAGGCAGAUAUGGGUAUAGUUGUUGAGCCGGCUGAGAGUCUUAUCGCACUUGGGAACAACUUUGGAGUUAAGUUUCUCCCUCUGCUGGAUAUGCUGAUGAUGAAACAGAAAGAUUGCGAUAUUGGAGAAGUUGUAGGGUGGAAACAUCAGGGUAGUGGUUUGUUGUUUGUAGGGAGGAACUGGUGUGAUGUUGCUGCCUUCAUUUGUACCUUGCAUGAUGUUCAGUAGUCGAUGGUUGCUCUAUGAGUAAUUUGUAAAUGUUGUUAGGUACAAUAUAUUCUGCCUGCUUCUUCAUUCAAAUGGCCUGGAUGAUCUAACUACUUCUUGUUCUAUGAAUAUUUGUAAAUCUUGUUAGGUACAGUAUAUUCCGACUAGUAUGAAUAUUCUGUAAAUGUUGUUAGAAA